GUCACUCAGCCAGUCAGACUUGUUUUUGAGUUUCGUUCUGUCUUGUGCAAACUACACACGACUGUUCUCCGUGACAGGAUUAUUGUUUUAUUUUCAAAACUUCGGGACGGAAAAAUGUUUACAUCUUUGUUUCUUUCUAAAUUCAUCGACGUGUUUUAUGUUUUAUCAAAAUAAAAGCAUCAGUGAUGUGUGAAAUAGUGAAUAGAUGAUUUGGAACCAUAUGCUUCGAAUUUUACGAUACAUUCUCAACGAGCAACUAACGGAACAAAACAUUCGAAAGGGUGUCAAAAGGAUCGCAGUCUUAAAUGAGAGCUUUAAGCAAACCGGUCGUUCUUCGGAUGAAUAAAAAUGUCAACAGAAGGAAGUGGAGAGACACCUUCGACGGUACCAAGUUUGCCGGGGGCACCGGAGCAAACGUACUUAUUUCCGAAAGCAAAGGGACACUCGAGGUCCGUAAGUCAUGGAGGAACACCGACCCUGGGAGGCACCCUCGCAGCACGACCACCACUCAAGUCGGCGAUGCGGGGCCACCAACGCGCGUUGUCUCACGGUCAGAUCGGCGAAGGGGGUCGCACCGCUCCGAGCUCCGGCCACAGCCGGACCGGUAGCCGUACCGACUUUAUCCUACCUCCAGGCCACCGCGAGCCCGUGCCCGUCAGCGCACAGCCCCGUAUCAAUUCCAUCCGCGCCCAUCACUCGCGCCAGGCUUCGCGGUCGGAUUCUAUUUACACGAUUCGGCGCGAUUCGGUGGUGGCGCCGUGGCGUCGCGCUGUGUUCUGGCUGAUGCGACGACAGCAGCCUGCCGUCGACAACAGACACCUAUCAGUAACACCCAACCAUUUGGUACCAGAGAAGACGCCACCAAAAGACCAUCCAAAUGGACAGCGAUGUGACAACAAAAUCAGAACUACGAAAUAUACCCUACUGUCUUUUAUCCCUAAAAACUUAUUUGAACAAUUUCAUAGAAUAGCAAAUGUGUACUUUAUAUUCAUAGUGCUGUUGAACUGGGUGCCGGCCAUCAAUGCAUUUGGCAAGGAAGUAGCCAUGCUGCCUGUGUUGUUUGUGCUAGGUGUGACCGCUAUUAAGGACUUGUUUGAAGACCGUCGCAGGCACCUCUCUGACAAAAGGAUCAACAAUUCAUUUUGUCGGGUCUACAAAAAAUCAGUAGAGCGGUACGUGCGAGUGAAAUGGAAAGAGGUGCGAGUGGGAGACCUGGUGCACCUGUCAAACAACGAGGCGGUACCAGCGGACAUGGUGCUGCUGCACUGCUCCAACCCUGCAGGCGUCUGCUACCUCGAUACCUGCAACUUGGACGGCGAGACCAACCUUAAGCAGCGCAUCGUGGCACCUGGCUUCAGAGAAAAGCAUAAAGACUUCUGCCCUCUGAAAUUCAGAAGUACAGUUGAAGUGGAACGACCGUCGACCAAAAUAUACAGAUUUACCGGAACAAUUUCACAUCCUAAUGGAAUCCGAGUCCCGCUGAAUUCAGAGAACUUAUUGCUAAGAGAGUGCACUAUAAAAAAU